UCAUCCACAAGUCCACUGCUGACGGGUAUCAUGUUUAAUAUGACUCUUUAACAUGACUCUGAGUUCGGAGAAGGCUCCCCAGGCAUCAGAGGUGGAUUUGACUAGCUGCUUUCUGCCCCUCCCUCACCAGCAGGUGAAAAUGAGAUCAGCAGAGAAGGGUACGAUUUCACAGCAACCACCUGGAAAUCCCGCCCAUCCUUGACUUCAUUACUGAGUCGAAGGGGCAGGGAGCAAGUGCACACAACUCAUCCACUGGGACUGCUUCAGCACCUGAAUACGAAUCUCAGCAAGAGAGAAAGAGAGAAAGAGCACAGAAAGGAGCCUACUCCAGGAGAAUGAUCAACUGUUUGAUCCAUUCAGACUGAACGUUGGGCCAAGCAUCUACUGUAUCUCCUGAACCACAAGCAGAUCAAGCUAGGAAGCUAGAGCUGAGAUGGCAGGCCAGCCGAUGGAGCUAGCAGCCCUUGUGCUGUCUUUGUUGGGAUUAAUUGGUGUAUCGGCCAGCACGGGGAUGCCCAUGUGGCGCGUGACUGCAUUUAUUGGAGAGAACAUUAUUGUGAUGGAGACUCGUUACGAGGGCUUGUGGAUGAACUGUUUCCGGCAGGCCAACAUUCGGAUGCAGUGCAAGGUCUACGAUUCCCUCCUGGCCCUCACACCUGAUCUCCAGGCUGCCCGAGGCCUCAUGUGCUGCUCAGUGGCUCUGGCUGCCAUUGGCCUAUUGGUGGCCAUAACAGGGAUGAAAUGCACUGCAUGUAUACAAGGAAAUGACCGUGGAAAACGCAUGGUUCUUAUUGUUGCGGGCUCGUUUAUUAUCAUAGCCUGCUUCUGUUGCAUCAUUCCUGUCUCCUGGACUGGCAACGUGAUCAUACGGGAUUUCUACAACCCCCUCCUGAUCGACGCCCAGAGAAGGGAGCUUGGCGAGGCGCUUUACAUCGGGUGGGUUUCCUCGGCACUGCUUUUCGUCGGCGGAUGUAUCUUUGCGUUCUGCGGUGGGUCUGGUGAGAAACGACCCGAGCAGACUCGCUACGCUUACAACAGGGAUGUUCCAUACGUGGCGUACCAACCUCAACCGCAACCACUGAUGUAUCAGCCCCGGUCUCCAGCUGCCUAUAGUUUCGCUUCCAGAGAACCGUCUAUCAUCCAGACAUCUACUCAAUCAUCCAGACACCAGAGCUUUAUCCAGCCAUCAAGGCAGCAGAGCUUCAUCGAGCCAUCCAGGGAGCAGAGCUUCAUCCAGCCAUCCAGGGAGCAGAGCUUCAUCCAGCCAUCCAGGCAGCAGAGCUUCAUCCAGCCAUCCAGGCAGCUGUCAGGUCGUAGCGGCGUUGCCUAUCUAUAAAAACGAUCGGAUAAACACAAACUAACAACAAAAUGCGGGACGGGAAAAGGUCAGAGGAUGUGGUUACUAGAUCCAGUCAAUAUGUGAAUGUAUAUCCUUGUUUACUGCAGUAUAAAUGGACUAAACUCAUUGCACAGCUUUCUAUGACUUGACCGUCGAUCUUUUGUCGAUCAUAAAAAAUCAACAUAAAAAAUGUCUACUUCUAGUUCUAUGACCUGAGCACCUGAGAUUAAUUUUUGUUAUUUUGUGUUUGUUUGUUUGUUUUUUCCCACAAAUUAGCAUAUUGUUAGCAAUUUUAUUGUCAAAUUGAACUGUUUUUUUUUUAAUGCGGGUAAAAAAACAAAUCCUUUGUACAAUAAAAAAGUAAGCUCUUUUUUUUAUUUCUGUAUACGGAUGUGGAUAGAAGGUCGAGACAGCUCAUUUGCAUGCGAUAAUGUUUACCAAUCUCUUUGUCCCUUUGUGUGCUCCGGCGUCUUGGUGAUCUGCGUGCCCAGAGGCUCCCUUGUGAAAUGUGAGCCAAUGAGCAUACGUUGUCUUAAACCAGACACACCUUUUAUAUCCACACAAACUUUAAAACUGAAGCAGAACAAGGACAACAAACAUCUAAUAAACCUUCACAUUCGCUUGGCAUUGUAACUGUGCACAUUUUUCAUUGACCAGAGAACAGGUUUGAUGCUGAAUCACGAUAACAAAAGCAGAAGCAUCACAUCACGGAUAAACUUCUCCAGCUCUAAAUGUUCCUAUCUACUACUGGAAGUCCUGGAAACCACUGUUUUUUUUUGUUGUUGUUGUUUUUUUUGUUGUUUUUCUAAAUCAUUUCAAAAAUGUUUUAUUUGCUGAAAACUGUGUAUAAAUAUAUUUUACACAAAUUCUGUCUGGUUUUAUCUGUUCAUAAAGACUUCAUAACGUACAGAAGUAAUGUCAUUACUUGGUACACUAAUGUUUUAUGGUCACUCGAGCUCAACUGGGCGUUAGCACCGAGAUCGUUCGCUAACUACAUAGUUAUUGAUUAAAUCAAAGGAGGGAAAGAAAUUUAGAGAAAUGGUUGAUUUAUUAGAAUUAUUAAUCCCAGUAAGGAUUUAAAGGCAAGCUGAAGAGAAGCCGAGGACCGAGAGGGCGAACAGACGCGAGUGGAAGAACUGGAAAAAGGGAAAUUAGCGGCUUUGCAUAUUUCAGAGGCGAGGCAAAUGAGGAAUAGGUGGAAUCGGGCCUUCACUAAACAAUGGCUGUUUAUGCUCAGGGAAUGCCUGUUUAUUAGGUACAUCUACAAUAUGGAUCACUUUGUAGGUAAACAGUUGCUCAUACGGAUGGAAAUGUUUAUCACUGAGCAUCACUAGACCUGAAAUAAAGGUGUAAAUAAACGAUGACAUGUUUGCUGACAGAUUUACAUAUGCAAUUAGUGUAAAAUCAGUCAGUCUUACAGUAAAAAUAAUAUCGCCAUGGUUACACUCAGGGUGGUUCUAGGAUUUCAUCUUUAGGGGUUUUAGCCCUCAGUGAGAAUUUAAAAAAAGAAGAGUUUUAU